GUAGCUUGUCGUUCUUCUUGGAGGUCAUUGCCAAGGCGCUAAUUUUGUCACAGCAUUUCCAGGGUAUGGAGUUACAAAGUACAGAACCAGAUUAUUUUCUAAACUAAAUGGCUUACAUCGAUGUGUACAAGUUACGUCAAAUUAAGUAGUCAGGGAUGAAUCGUUUAAGAAGAACAUUCAGCUUUCGGAAACGAAAAAAGCAGAAUAAGAGUGAGGCUGGUGAUUCUUCGAAACCACAACAAUGGCUAGAUGAUGAAGUGAAAAUCAAGGAGGGAUUCUGUAGUUUCCAAGUUAAGUAUUUAGGGAAUAUUGAAGUUUAUGAGUCAAGAGGAAUGCAAGUAUGUGAAGAAGCGAUUAAAGCUCUAAGAAAAUCAAAGAAACCUCAAAAAGCUGUUUUAUCUGUCAGUGGUGAUGCUCUACGCGUUUCAGAUGACGUUAGCCAGCAUCUCAUCGUCGAUCAGACAAUUGAAAAAGUUUCAUUUUGUGCUCCUGAUAGAAAUCACGAGAAAGGAUUCGCAUAUAUAUGUCGCGAUGGAGCUACCCGCCGUUGGAUGUGUCACGCCUUUCUUGCCGUCAAGGAAUCCGGUGAACGGUUGUCUCAUGCUGUCGGAUGUGCUUUCGCUAUAUGUUUGGAGAAGAAACAAAGACGUGAACGAGAUGCUCUUCAGUUGGAGGCUUCAGAUGAUCGUCCAACUUUCGCUCGUGUUGGAUCGUUUCGUCCGGCUACUCUCGCUGAACGGCUACUGGAUCCUCAGUCUACUAUUGUAGUCGACCCAGUGCCAAAACCUAAUAAUAUAUCUUCAACAUUACCUACCACUAUAACUCGGGUGUCUUCACCAGUUAACCAUAUUGGAGCUAUCCCACGACCCCAUGCUAGUCCAUCAAUUAUUGAGCGACAAGGUUCGCUAAGAAUAUUUCCAAAAUUACAAGAGAAUAGUCCUUUCAAAAGAGAUCUUUCAUUACGUCUUGAAGGAGUUCCUUCAAAUGUACGCCGUUUGACCGGAAUAAUUCAAAGCGCACCCAUAGCGGAGGAACUAGAUACAGAAUUCGAACCAACGAAACUAGGAGUAUGUGCUAAAAAUAAUGGGCGACCUGAAAAAAACGAAUUAGUUACUGUAUGUUCUACGUCUAAUUGUAGCCCACCCAUAGUAGUGGCCAGUUCAUCUUCGAACCUUUCAAUUAUGAAUGGUCUAACUGUAGUAACUCAAUCAUUUGUACCUAGUAGCCAGUUUAAAAGUGAUUUCAAUCUUGAUCUUAGAACAUCACAGGCAUUUAUACCUCCAAUUAUUUCGGAUCCUUUUUCUGCUGCUCCAAUCAAUCCAGCUACAAUACAACGGCACUAUCAGAUGGAAUUGCAACAACAGACAGCCCAACAACAACACCAGCAAAUCACAGGUUCUUCACUACUAAGUUCCAAAGCUCCAACGGCUGUUGUUUCAACUAUCAGUUCUACACCAACUUCACCAUUUUUAGGCGGACCACCAAUUGCUGCUCCAACUGUAUCGACUAAUACUUUUAAUUCUAGUCCAUGGGCAGUCACAUAUCCACAGAUGCAACAAUUUAACAAAUCUAUUAUUCAGUAUAGUUCAAAUUUACCAAGUUCUCCUACUGGUACAGUGAAUUCUCAAACAAAUCUAACUUAUCCUUCCAAUGGUGUUUUAAAAUCAGGUUUCACAAAUCCAUGGUCAUCAUCAAUCGGAUUGGUUGAUGGAAGAAACGUUAGUAAUGCAAACUGGCAACCUUCAUCACCAUCGUCAUUGCCACCUGCUCUUCUACCUCCAGAACCUGAUUGUCUUUCGGAUCCAUUCGAUUUAGGUUGGGUGGAUAGAGCUACAGCUGGUGUAUCGAAUACAUCAAGUGGACGAGGCAUUAGUAAUCCAUUUCUAAUUGCUAAUGGGGGUGGUGAUGAUAUCCCUAAUCCAAAUGCAUCAUCUGUUCAUUAAUUAAAUCAACCAUAUGAUAAUAAUAAUUGUUGUAUAUAACAUAUAUAUUUUUUUCUAUCAACAAAAGGAGUGGGGAUAUAAAUCUGCCUCGUUAAUGAUCAAUCAUAAUUAGAUUCUUCCUCAUUAUUAUCCCUUGUCUCUCUCACUAACUUUCUUUACUCAAUGCAAAACACUUCAUAACAUUUUCAAAAUGUCUAGUUUCAGAUAAUUUACAUUAUAUAACAAAGUGUAAUUUGCUGAAUUCUUAAUUUUGGCAGGGCUAUAAGUGAACAAUAUUAUUUCUAAAAAUAGUAGGUCAGUGCCCAUGUAUUCGCAUUCCUUCUUACAUACACAAGAAAUACUUCUUUUUUCUAGGUGCUGUGUUGAUUAUUUUCUCCAUUAUAAAUCAAAACAGCAUAUGACAAUGAUAACAAUAAAGGGUGAUGGAUGCAGAUUACUAUUAAAUUUUGUUUUUCUUCAGUAAAAGUUUCAACAGUUUUCGAAAAAAGCGAUAGAUUCUUCUUGUGUAUUAAUGCUGUGAUCUUAAUUUUCUUGUUUUCCUUUUGCUUCGAUUUAAGUUUUUAUCCAUCAUGCUUUGUUUUAAGAACUUGAUAACAUUUUCAUAUAGUGUGAGUGUAUUUUACACAAAAUAUCCAUUAUAUGCAUUACUUCUGUUAUUAUCUAUUUUGUUGCGGUCGCAUAUAUUUGUGUAUUUAUCUCAUUUGUUGUUUUUCUAUCCUCCUCUACAACUUGAUCGCCCUACUCGUUGUGCUUAUUUUAUCUUUUAUCAGAGGACUACCUGUGUAUACAUUGCAUGCAUAUUCUUUCUCCUCAUUAUCCUUAUCAUCAUUUAUCCGCAUUGACAAGCUGUUUCUUUCUCUGUGUUUUGAUGUUUCUCGCUCUCAUUUCAUUGAAUAGGUUCCGAAUUUUUCUCAACUUUUUUCUCUUUCCCUGUCGACUUAUAUUCAUUUCUCUAUUUACAUUAUUAAUUUAAUACAUGCUUGAAUCUAAUACGGUCUUGUCAUAUAACAUAUUGUUCUAUUUUUUAUCGAAAACAAAAGUUAUUGGGUGAAAAUGAUCUCAUAUUAUUAUUAUUAUUGGUGAUUGCAUCUUCCUGUUCUUUAGUUUCGCUUGCUUUUGUCAUCUUCCAUGUAUCGUUAGCUAUCAUUUCUGCUAACUGUGGUGUGACAGCCAUGACAACAAUGUCAAUGAUGGUAAUGGCUGGUGAAAUUAUUAAUUGUUUUCCUCUUUCUAUCACGUUCUUCCUUAUGUCUUUAGUCAAAUGAUUUUUUUUUACAAAUACAUUCGGUAAAAGAUCUUUCUAUCUAAAACAUAUAUGGACCAAAUUGCGUUUUAUUUAUGUACGUAACAUUAAUUUUUUUAAAAUGUUAAAUGAUCACAUAAUUAUAUUUGAUUAAACCGUAACAUUAUUAUUCAUGCUUAUUGCCAGUACAAUGUUCCAGUCCGAGAUACCUAAUUAAAAGAAAUUGAUUUAAUGUACUAUUGUGCACAAUUCUUUUUCUUCUUUGUGAUCUAUUCACUAAUGACAAACACAAAAUAUUGCUUAUUCUAAUCAGAAUUAUAACACUCAAAUUAGUAGUAGUGGCUUUUUCAUUAGCUAUCUUAUUUGAUGUAUGACAAGUAUAUAUGCGCCAAAUGUAAUGUAAACAAAUCUGUUUGUUUUUCUCCUCCACUGUAACACACCUUGUGUUUUUAAUAAAAAUCGAACCUACUUUCUUCCUCUUACACCAUAUUGUCUUCUUUACUAUUAUUGUUAUGCGAUUAAUUUACCCUUACUCUUGUUGUUAUAUUCCAGAUCAACUAUACAUUGGAGAUAAAUGAUGUUAACAUUACAAAUAAAAAUGAUUUUCUCUUA